GCUGGGUCGAACCUUAGCCUUGCAUGUCUGAGAUCGGAGGGCCUGGGAGCACUCCUGGGUUCUCUGGAAAGAGGAUGCAGCUGGAUCCGCCCGCUGCUCCAGUGCAGCCAUCUCCGAGACUUAAGAUCCUCAUGGAAUCCGCGAGUAAAAGCCCUUCACCCACCCCUGGGAGCAAUAGUAACGAUGAAGCUGCAAUCAUCCGGAAACAAAAAUUGGAAUUCCAGCGCCGCAUCAUUGAAAAGAAGCAACGGCGCAAACGCCAGGAGCCGCUCAUGGUUCAGGCCAACACGGAUGCCAAGGUGAAGGGGCGCCGGGGGAGGCGCAAGCCCGAAGAACGCAUCCCACUUAUGGAGUCUUGCAGUGAACACAGCCUCUGCAACAGUACAAACAACCCCUUCCUUGUGGAGUCAGUACCAGAGGCCCACCUUGGCGCUCAUAUGUGGGGCAGCUCUGUGCAGAUGAACCGGACACACAGCGGCCAGGGGGAAAGCCAGGCAGCCUGUCCAGAUUUCUCUGAUGAGACGGAGCUUGAGGUGGACAUCCUGGAAGAAACCCUGCCUAUCAACAAGAACGAGUCAGCACCCAAGAAUGGAUGGCAGGCCAAGCGGAGAGAAGGGCAACCCGAUGCCCAACGGCGUGGCCAGAUGUCCAAAUCCAAAAAGGAAGUCUCAUCCCCAAUACAGAAGGUUCCAUCUAUUAUCACGGAUAUGGAAGCCCAUUUAGUUUUCAACAAUGAUCCCCAGAAAGAGGACCUGGAGACUACAGGGUCCAAGGAGACCGUUGGCGAAAUGUGUAACGUCCACAUGCUCCACAACAACUCUGAAAGCGAGGGGGAGUCCUCCCAGGACCUGACUGUACCCCCCACGCCCAUGAAGAAGAAGCCCCGGGACUGGAAGCUUACACACAGAGGGUCUCUCACCAAUGGAAGGAGAAGCCUGAGUGAGGAUGAGGAUGAUGGAGACGAGGACGAAGACGAGGAAGAUGAAGACUUCGAGGACGAGGAGCAGGACAUCCUCAGAAGCGUCAUGUACAUCCGCGAGGAGAUUGAUUUGUCCACCUCUCCAGGUGGGGAAUCCAGUGCCCCGCUGUCCCUCAAGGUAGAGGACAUAGAAGCGUUUGUCCUGAAAGCCGCUCCUCAGGGCAGCACCAUCCAGUGUCGCAUCACACGGGACCGGAAAGGAAUGGACAAGGGCAUCUUCCCCUUUUACUACCUGCAUCUCGAGAUGGAAAAUGGAAAGAAGCGAUUCCUCAUGUCCGGCCGGAAGAGGAAAAAAAGCAAGACUUCCAAUUACCUCAUUUCUCUGGACCCCAUUGACCUGUCACGGGACGGGGACAACUUCAUUGGGAAAGUCAGGUCCAAUGUGCUGGGAACCAAGUUCACUGUCUUUGACAAUGGGAUCAAUCCAGACAAGAAACCUUUCGUCCCAGAAACGGCCCAGCUGCGGCAAGAGCUGGUGGCCAUUUGCUACGAAACUAAUGUUUUAGGAUUCAGGGGCCCACGGAAAAUGACAGUGAUAAUUCCUGGCAUGAAUUCUGACAAUGAGAGGAUCUGCAUCCGUCCUAAAAAUGAACACGAGACGUUACUGAUUCGAUACCAGAACCGGAACAUGCAGAACUUGAUCAAGCUCCAGAACAAGAUGCCAGCUUGGAACGAGGAGACCCAGUCGUACGUGCUCAACUUCCACGGACGCGUCACGCAGGCUUCCGUCAAGAACUUCCAGAUCAUCUCAGAAGAAGACCCUGACUACAUUGUGCUGCAGUUUGGCCGCGUGGCACCUGACGUGUUCACCAUGGAUUACCGAUUCCCGCUCUGCGCAGUUCAGGCCUUUGCCAUUUGCCUGUCCAGCUUUGACGGGAAGCUUGCUUGCGAGUAGAGGGCCGGCCCGACCGACGUCUGACGCUCGACCCCUGCGGCUUUGCUCCGGAUUGCUUCCUGCUGCCUCGUAAAACUGGACACAACCUGUUACGCUUUUCAGAACUGCCCCUCUUUGACCUCUGACCUUCCCAUGUUUUGUCAGGCUGGACCUCCACACGACCCAUGACUGUCACGCUGGCAAGGGCUUUCCCUCUUGCUCUUCUUCCCCCGUUUGAGUUCUGACAAGCUGUUACCUACGAAAGUAUCUCCGCCAUUUCCAAUAACCCUGGAUCUCCUCCUCUUCUGGUUCUGUUCCGAAUUUUCAUUUGACUCCAUGCAACUUAACGUAACCUUGAAAGCUUCACUACUUUGGUUCUUGCUUGCUAGGCCCUAACUCCCUCCUACCCACACGCCUUUCGAAACUAACACGGUAAUAUCCACCUACUCAGGAAACGCACCAUCACACCACAUGUGGAUCACAGCUCCAUUACUGAAGAAACAGCAAAAGUUGAAGGAACAGCUACUUCUGCCAGCUUCAUGAGUUCAGAUCAAGGGAAGGGGCAGCCAUGCUGAUGGGAAGGGGCAGCCAUUUUGAAACAAUGGAUCGAAGCUGCAACCCCAACCCACUUUCCCUUCUCUAUCAAAUUGGGUAAUAGAUUGGAAAUAAAGCUUACCCAGAGAUCA